AUGGCUACUGCAACACCACAAAUUACCGGAGAGUCUGUUCAAACGACAUUAGAGGUAUUAGAUAAAGUUGGUAUAAAAGACAACAUCGAAGAAGCAAUUCAGACUGUUGAUAAAGAUACACCGGAACAAAGAGAAGAAGAAGAGAAAAGAAUUACCAGGCGCAUUUAUAGAGUUGAACUAUUAUUAAAUUUUUUAAUGUAUUAUACCAGUUUAAUUAUCCAAUGGCUGACUUUAUUAGGACUUAGUAGUAGUUUUGGCAACUUCCUUUAUAAUGUACUUAUUGGAUCAUUCGUUUUCACCGAAUGGAAUUUCGGAGAUAUUUCGACCGUUGGUAAGAUUUCCGGGGUGACAAUAAGUUUACAAAUCAUACUUUUUAUAAUUUCAAAUAUAAUUGUUUUAUUUUAUCGAAGAUUUCACCCAAGCAAACAGUCACCUGCAAGAUUACAAGGCCCAAUUUAUUAUAAUGGAAUAUUAAAAGGGUUCAAUUUAUUAAAGCCAAAAGUUGAAUCUUAUAAUACAUCAGUCAAGAAAUUGGACGCUCAAUUUUCUCAAAUUUUGGGCGCAAUUUCACAAGUCCUGAUCAUUAUCGCAGCUUCAUUCUCCGCCAGUAGUAAUAUAACAUCUCUUAAUGGAAUCUCCGAUAGUGGUAUUGAUACUGCCUUUCCAACUGGACUUGGAGGUUUUAUACAAAUUGAGAAUAAUCAAGUUGAAGAAGAAUCAAUAGCAGUAAAACAUGCCGCCGGAUUUGCUAAAACCACUUUACUGGUAGCAGUUUUAGCUAUAAUUAUGACAUCUAUAAUGAAUGUUAUUAGUUGGAUGAUAGGUAUCUGGAAAGUAAAUAAUGACGAAUUGAUUGUUUAUGCUAUCUUUAAAUUUAUCACAAGAAUGAUUACUUGUUAUCCUUGUUUCCAUGAUAAAUUGGUUGGUGCAGAUAAAAAGAUCGAUGAUAAAACUAAUGAAUCCGAAAUGGAAGCUCUUGAGGAAAUGGGUACACAGAAAAAACCGCCGUUAGAACUCGGAAAGAAAAAUACCUUAACUAGUCCCAAUGUUCAAACUCUUAUCGACAAUACAAUUUCAGAGGGAGCCUCAGGUAAAGAAAAUACAAUUGAUGAUCUUAAUAGUAUAGUAACAACUGUAUCCGGAACUUCUAAUAAUAAUGAUGAAAAGUCAUCUAAUAUUGAUGCUAGUAAAGUUGCAUCGGAUGGUGUCAAAGUCGCAUCCAGUGUAAUCGAAGGACAAAAGCAAAGCGGCUCAACUGAUACAAAACCUGUUAUCAAUGAAAUUGUUUCUGACGGAAUAAAGACAAUAGCUACUGAUACCGGUGGUGGCGGUGAUAUUGGCAAGACAGCAUCAGAAGGUAUCAAAGCUGCAACCAGUGUAAUUGAAGGACAAAAACAAAGUGGCUCGACUGAUACAAAACCUUCGGAUGUUGUCGAUAAACUUGUUUCGAGUGGAAUUCAAGUUAUAGGUAACAUAAUUGAUGGUGGAUCCGAUACAAAACUUGAUGCUAACAAAAUAGCAUCGGAUGGUGUCAAAAUUGCAACUAGUGCAAUUGAAGGACAAAAAGAUAGUGAUUCAACAAAAAAAUCAUAA